AGAGGAUAGUAUGAGAAGAAGAUGUCUUUGAUAAAGAUAGUGAUGGUUUCAUCACCAUCCGUGCGAGGAUCGUAAGACUAUAACUGUUCAGCGUUAAAGGUGUAGUGUAGUAUAUGAUGAAAAAUGAACUCUGACCUCACCUUUUCAUCGCUCCCACUUGGUUUCGGGUUAAGGAACGGAGUUUGUAAUUAAUUAUCUGUGUGUGAAGACUUUAAUUAGACUGAUAAAUGUGGUUAACAUAUAUGUAUAUAUUCACACUACUUUUCUGUGACGAAACAGGGAUGGUGCGAUGAUGGGACCAAGAAUAUGCGUUAAGCAGGCGGAAACAAUCCACUGAGCAUUCUCUCGGUUGACUAAAAAAAAAACAAUCAAUAAGGUAUUUGCGCAUUCACCUAAAUUUGAUUUGCAUUGAAGUGAUUAAGAUUAUGUGUACUCAAGCAAUAAUUGUAAGACAUUUAAGAGUAUUCUUCCUUUUCUAACUACAGUUAAUUAAUUCGAAUAAAAUAUAAAAUAACCCAGUUAAGUCUUAAUAUUGUACAUCUUGAGGAAACAGUGCCAGAAACGACGCCCUACGAGAUGUCAGUGUUAAGCAGCCCUCCAUCAAACCGGCCCACCCCUUUCACCGCUCCUACCACGCCGUCCGAUACUUUCCCUCCCACGCUGAAUGGCUCCUUUCUCCAACCCAAAGAGGACUCGAGCCCCUCCUCCUUGUGGUCUGCAAUCCAGUCCGAUGCCUCCCACUCCAUCGAUCCGUAUAACAUUACGGAGGAUUUCUACUUCUAUCCCCUCCUGAACGGCAGCGAGACCGACGGCAGCUUCCUUUUGUAUGGGAACACUACGAACGAUACAAGCGAAUACGUCCCCUACAACCAGCGCCCAGAAACAUAUAUCGUACCUGCACUCUUCGCCCUCAUUUUCAUCAUUGGCAUUAUAGGUAACGGGACCUUAAUCGUCAUCUUCGCUAAGAACAAGACCCUGAGGAACGUACCCAACACUUACAUCAUCUCCUUGGCCCUGGGAGACAUCCUCGUACUCUUCUUUACCGUUCCUUUUGUCUCCACUAUCUACACAAUCGACUCCUGGCCCUAUGGAACCUUCGAGUGCAAGUUCAGCGAGAUGGUGAGGGAGAUUUCGGUGGGCGUCACGGUGUUCAACCUCACGGCGCUCUCGGCUGAUCGCUACCUGGCUAUCGUUUCCCCCAUCAGGAAGGCCGUUGGAGCUGCCGGAGCCACGACCAUAAGGGUAGCGGUGGGCAUCUGGCUCCUGGCUGUGGUGCUGGCCGUUCCCGCUGCUGUCUUCUCCCAUGUCCAGGUAUUCGAGGUUUCUGAGGAAAAGUCCAUCGCCGUGUGUUAUCCCUUCCCAGAGUACUUGCCGGAGUGGUAUCCAUGCAUCAACAUCUUGCUCAAAGCCCUCGUGUACUACUUGCUGCCUCUCAUCGUCAUCGGAACUUUUUAUCUGCUAAUGGCGCGUCACCUGCUCUCCUCCGAUGUGCCAGGGGAAUCCCACGUUUUUCACAAGCAGAUUCGCACGAGGAGGAAGGUUGCUAAGGUCGUUCUCUGCUUCGUCCUCAUUUUCGCCGUUUGUUUUUUGCCUACGCAUGUUUUCUUAUUAUGGUUUUACUUUGAUCCACUCGCUUCCGUUAAGUACAACGAAUUCUGGCACUCUGUAAGAAUCGUCGGCUUUUGCCUAGGAUUCAUAAACUCCUGCAUUAACCCUAUCGCCCUCUACUGUAUCUCCGGGACGUUCAGGAAGCACUACAACCGCUAUCUCUUAUGUUGUUGCUGGGCACAGCAGGGGCGCCACAGAAACGCCAACUCUUUACGCUUAACACAAUCAGGAAUGUCGAGGUACAGGUCGUCGACCAUUCGUUCUACUCUACGCCCGUCCGAGACCAUCACGCUGACCACCCUCCUUCAGGAUCGAGUUUCCCCCGCUGCCACGUGAUAGCCGAGGCAAGGCGGAGGACGCCCUAAAGAGAACCCUCACUCUGAAACCGAGAUCCAGGUCACCAGCGCAGUUUCCGUCGAAACCGCCUUCAUCACAGCCGCAACUCCGUGUACUGAACCCUCGAAUCGGCCAACAUUACUAGCGGAAGCAUCAGGAUGGACAAUGAUGUUUCCAUUUAUGAGAUGGUGGAGCUCUAGCGAGUGAGCGGGUUUUGCAUAUCGCAUAAAACAGUGUCCCUCCUUAGAUCCUUCUUCACCUCCAGACGUAUCCGUCACGUGUUGGUGACGGCGAUACAGUUGUGAGAAAAGAAAAUUAAUGUUCGUUUAAAUGAAACGGUAUUAAAUGAAGUGUUAAAUGA